AUUGAGGUCGUGGGGCUAUUUGAGUAUUCCCAGAGUAUGGGGGUUACUAGUGUCGAUCCUUUGUUUAUCAGUCAAAAAUAUCUUGUAAUUUUAUGAAGAUUGCGCAUAAACAUGGGAGGAACAUCCACCAAAAUAGCGUUUGAAGUGUGUGUGGUAACAGGAGACUACAGUGGCGAUGAAUUGGGUCCCGGAGUUAACAUGGUCAUGUUUGAUCACUGUGGUAAUCAGUCACCAACAAUUACUUUGGACAAUAUAUUUCAAAAUGAUGUCGACUAUACACAAGCGAAAUUCACCAUUGAUUUACAGGCCUGGAGUCGACUUAAAGUGUUUAAACGACUGCACCAUAUCGAAUUUUGGUGUACUACUCAGUCUUAUCCACUACCUGCUUGGUUUUUAGACAGAGUAAUUAUUAGAGAUAGAAGAUUUGGGAUGACUGCUGAAUGGAAAUAUUUUUUCUUUCCUGUACAUCAGUGGAUUAGCCAAGAUCAUCAAUAUGUUGUUCAUGACUGUGAGGCCUGGAUUCCUCAACUGGAACCGUUUCCUGAGUUAAGGGAAGAGGAAGUUAGUAGACGUAUGCAAUUUUUUACUUUAUUUCAACGUUCAAAGGGUUUACCAGUCGAAUUACAAGAAAUCCCACCUUCGGAGUUGUUCUCAUCAGACUCUCGAUGGGAUAUCGAGCCUUUAGUUCUGGAAGUUAUUGAGCGUACUGGUCUGGCUGAAGAGUACAUAAGUGAAGAGUCUUGGGAUUCUCUCGAUACAUUGGGAAACUUUUAUAAGAAAUAUAAUAUUACUGAACCUGUGAGUUUACAAUUUUGGAUGAUGAAUGAUAUUUGCUUCGGUGCACAACGUAUUCGGGGAUGUAAUCCAUUUACUAUUCAAAUCUGUCGUACAUUACCGAAAAGUUUUGAAAUGGUAGCAAAUUCACUGAAACCUUAUUUAGAAGGUUGGACACUGCGUCAAAUGGUAUCAGCUAAUCGGUUGUACUUACUUGAUUUUCAUAUAAUGCAAGGACUUAGUUGUAAACGUGGUCGAGAAUUGUGUGCACCAUUAGCUAUCUUUUUUUAUACUGAAAAGAGACAAUUAAAGCCAAUUGCAAUUCAAUUGAAUCGUAAUUCAAAUGACGCAAGUGGGAUCGUUCUUCCAACUGACCCAACUUCAAUAUGGUUACAAGCAAAAUUAUGGGUUAAUCUAGCUGAUGCCUGUCAUCAUAUGAUUGUUGGCCGAUUAUUAACCCAUUUAAUAUUGGAAUCAAUCUAUGUGUCAUUACGACGUAAUGUAUCACAAUCACAUCCAAUAUAUCAUUUAGUUGCACCACAUUUCCGCAGUAUCCUACCUGUAACAAAGAAAUUAAAAGAGUGGACAUUUGAAAAUGGAUGGAUAUCUCGUAAUAUUCAAUUGUCACGUAAAGGAAUUAAACAGUUAUUAAGACGAGCUUUUAAAAAAUGGCGUUUUGAUGUAAAUGCAAAUAUUUAUCGUGAACUAGAGUCCAGAGGAGUAUUUGAUCCAAAUAGUUUAGGUAAUUAUCCAUAUCGUGAAGAUGCUAUGCUAAUAUAUCAUGCAUUGGAACAGUUUACCUCAAACUACGUCCGUCUAUUUUACCCUGGUGGGACUGAACAGAUCAUACAUGAUAAUGAACUACAGUCUUGGAGACAUGAAAUUGCUAGUCCAAUGGAAGAAGGUGGUUUAGGACUAGUUGGUGUUCCUGGUAGUACGAUAAAACUUCGUACGAAUUCUGGACUACAAAAUUAUCUACAUGAUAAUGUUACAGAAGAAAUAUUUGGUUUAAAUACGGUUGAAGAAGUGGUCAAAUUUCUAAUGGGAAUUCUUUAUCUUAGUAUUAUUGUUACUGGUUCAGCGCUUCGAUUGCCAAUGUUUGAUGAGUAUGGCUUUCCAGCACAAUAUCCGUUAAGUCUAUUUGGUUCUCCUCCAUUAGAUAGAAAUACAUUUUGUAAGUUAUUCCGUACAAAUUGUUUAUCCGUAGAAAAUGACAGGAUAAUUAUAAGAUGGUGUAAGUGUUGUCGAGUUUUUUUAGUUGAAUGUGGUCGAUGAUUAAAGUUGUUUUCAGAUUAAACAAAACACUCAGUCAAAUAAAUUGCCUUUUUAAUAAUUAGAUUAUUUCUUCAUAGUCAAAAGUCAAGUACUCUCUUCGGAUAUUUCUACAUUUCAACAAAAUGUAAAGUUUUGAGAAAAGGAUAAUUCUUUCUGUAAUCAGUAGUAUUCAUUGUAAUUAGUGCGUUGUAAUUGUACCUAUUUACUUGGGGAUUUAAAAAAUGCAGAUUUUUUUUUACCGUAAGACAACUUAACGUCUACGAAGUUUUAUGUGUGAAGCACUGAAAGACUCUGCAUUCGAACAUAAUAACUAUUUAGUGUAUCAAUAUUUUUGGAAUUAAUCAAGUAACUGAUGUCAUUAUUUUUAGCUCAAAGAUUAUUUUUUCACUAUUUAUCUUUUUGUGGAGGAAUCCAGAUGAUAACAAUCAUUGGCUAUCUGUAUCAAUACCCUCGUAAAUUGGAAGGGUUUCUGCUUGAAACGUAUUUAUGUAGUCGUUAAGAUGUCAACAACUUGGUUCUCGCUACUUUUUUAUUGGGUAUAUCCUCAACCUCUGACGAACUCUUGUUUCUUAAAAGACUUGAAUUUCGUCUAUUCAUUAUUAACAUCAUAUAGAUCAGUGAUUUAAUGCAGAUUCUGUAAAUGGUUGUAGUGGAAAUGUAUUAAAUCAGUCAUCUGAAUAUAUAAGAUGUUUAAGAAUUUUAAAGUUGGUUUCAUUUGCUUUGCGCUUAUUUAUUUUCCUUGAAUUUUUUUUCAUGUAGCCGAUGGUACUUUGAAUGGUGCACAUGGCAGUGUGUUUAGCUUUUCAAAUGUACAAGGUCUUGAUCGUGUAUUGGCUUCAUUGCCUAAUCGUCAAAUGACAGUAGAAACUGUACUCUACACUAGAUUGGCUAGUCGCGUUCAACAAUCUGUUUUAGGUCAGUAUGAAUCGGAUUUCAUAUUUAAAAAGAAAGCAGUUGUUCUAUUAGAUCAAUUUCGUCAUGAUUUGGAAGAUGUCGCUAGACAGGUCGAUAUAAAUAACGGUGCUCGUGAUAUGCAUCAUCAGUAUCGAGCUUUAGAUCCUUCACUAAUGCCUAAUUAUCCAGGGAUUUGAUUGAUGAUCAACAAUACAUAUAUAGUUAUUUUUAAAUGUGUAUAAAAUAAUCAAGACAUUUUUGUCAAGUGUUAAAUAAAUCAACGCAAAUGAAAUACAUAUCAUUGAUCCCCUCUAUUGUUGUGUAUUCUUUAUUGCGAUUCAUGCUAAAUUCUUAUUUACAGUUACUGCGUUCAUAAACUGCAGUCACUUCAUUAUGAUUUACUCUUAAAGUUGUCUUCCAAUAAUUUUUCUGCUUAAUUUAUCUAAUAAUUUCACUUUUUUUGAUACUCUUUUAUUUGAUUUAAUUUGUAUCUAUUUAUUACUGUAUCAAUAUAUACCUAGUCGAGUUUUAUUCAUCAUUAAAACUAUCUCUUAUUAUGAUGUAGCAUAGAAUGGCUGUAAUUAACAUCGAAAAAAUAUUUUUAGUAUGUGUAAUCAAACCGAUUUACACAGAAUUCAUAUCAGCAAACUACUUAAUGUUCUUUCUCAAAAAGGCACUAAUUUUAUCAUUUAUAUCUUUAUUCUAAUGUUGCUUAUACAUAAGUCUAUGUAAACUAAGCUGCACCUUGUUUGUCUUAUUUAAUUACAUAACAUCAAUAGCAUUUUAUUUUAGUAUUUAUUAUUAUCAAACACGGCUGUUGUCAACUUUUCUUACUUUACUAUUUUCUUAUUUUUUAUUAUAAUUGAAUAUCAUGAACUUAGUCAUUUUCUCACACUCUGUUCUCUCUGUUUUCGGUUUCGUGGUCCCUUUUUUUUACGGCGACUAGUUUAUAUUAUUACUUAUGUUUUUUAAUUGGUACUAUCCGAUACCAGUAGUUUUGACUGUUUUAGUUUUUUUCGGCAUUACCAGUAAAAAGAAUAAUAAUAAUAAUGGCGGAUUGUUUUUUUAUAAAAGUGAUUUUGUAAACGCACUUUAGUAAUUUUUCAUUAAUAAUUAUAAUAUAGAAAUUAUUUGCACUUAUUCCUUCACCUUCUUGAUUACUAUCCUUAUUGUUGCUUAUUGAAUGUUUGUUACUUUGGUCGGCUGAGUGUUUAUGAUAAAUACUAAAUGAUUUAAAGGAAAGUUGAUUCAUUACAGUCAAUGCAGUUGUAUUUUGUUCAUUGUUUAUUAUGUUGAGUGAUGAUUAGAUUUUAACUUUAUAUAUGUUUCAGUUUAUUUCAUAUUUUAUCGGACAUUGAUAAUUAUCCAAUUAACUAGUGAAUAGGAUCUUUCUAUUCCUUCUGUGGUGUAUGUCUGUCGACAUAAGUAGUAUGUGGUACUAAUUGGAAUUGGAAAACCGAGGAGCAGAAGGCUAUGAAGUUCGACUUGAAGAAAACAGAAACGGAAAUAGGAAAUAAUUGUGACUUGGAAGAAUUAUAAUGAAUUUGAAAGACAAAUGAUGGAAGUUUGCAAAUGAAGUAUUCAAUAUAUGGUUCUGAUAUUUUACCAAGAGAUUCUGUAAUUUUAUAUUUAAAUAAAUUGGUUGUCCCCUUCUGUGUUCUCGUUCAGUACACUCCUAAUUUGGACUUUAUAGAUUAGUAAGAGUAUUUAUUGUUUUUAAUUCAUGAAAAUGUUUAAAUUACCUACUACUGUGGUGUUGUCUACUUAUAUCUAUAUAAGUAG